AUGUUUGCGGCCAAGAAUCCUUUCGAGGACAUUGUUCUCAAGGCCACCUCCGAUGAGCUCACCUCGGAAAAUUGGGAGCUCAACCUCGAGGUCUGCGAUAAGGUAUCGUCUGGCGGGGAAUCUGCCGCACGCAACUGUAUCAGUGCCAUUCAAAAACGCUUGGUCCAUCGCAACGCCAAUGUGCAAUUGUACGCCCUCACUCUUGCCGACGCUGUUGCCAAGAACUGUGGUCUCACUGCUCACCAGGAGAUCGCCAGCAGAUCCUUCACUCAGACGCUCGCCCGAAUCUGUCUCGACCGCAACACACAUUCCACCGUCAAGAAGCGUUGCUCUGCCCUUGUCAAGGAAUGGGCCGGAGAGUUCGACGACGAAAGCUUGGGUCUUAUGAAGGAGACCUACGAAAGUCUCAAAUCCCAGGAUGCAGUUGCAGAAGAAGACGCACCCGAGACUCAGCAGCCACGCGAGCCAACGUCCGAGCAGCUUCGUGCCGAAGACGAAGAACUCAGGAAGGCUCUGGAACUGUCCAUUCAAGAUCAAGGCGGGCGCAAUGCAUGGAACAGCUACAAUACCCAGCAGGCCGAAGCAUCCGGCUCCUCUGCUUCCGCUGCCGCCGCCCCCUCCAGCUCAUACAUACCGCAGCCUACCUCGCAGAGCUCAGCAGCCUUCGCGCAGCAGCAAGGACCGUACGCGAACGGUGCCACUUCUGCACCAAGCGCUCAGCCAGCCGCAAAUGCCGCUACCCCGGCCGUAGCUUCCCGAGUGCGAGCACUGUACGACUUCUCUCCGACAGAGCCUGGCGAGCUUGCCUUCUCGCGUGGGGAGAUCAUUCGUGUUCUGGACAGCGUCUAUGAGCACUGGUGGAGGGGCGAAGUGAGGGGCGAGGCCGGCAUCUUCCCCGUCAAUUACGUUGAGGUGCUACCCGACCCCACGCCUGCCGAGCUGCAGAGAGAAGCAGAGAUGGAGGCUCGCAUCUUCUCUCAAGCAGCCGACAUCGAGAGGCUGCUGAGCAAACUUCGCAGUCUCGACCCCGCUCGCGACAAUCUCGCCGAAGACGAAGAGCUGCAAGAGCUCUACCAGAAAUCGCUCGCCAUGCGACCAAAGAUCGUCAAGCUCAUCGAUCGAUACAGCAACAAGAUUACCGAGCUUAAGGCAAUGAAUGACAAGUUUGUCCAUGCCCGCGGCUCGUUUGACGAGAUGAUGGAGCAGAGUCUCUCCCGAUAUAACCCAGGCGGUCAUUCCAGCCAAGACUACCUUCGUCCUCGUCCUGACCUUCAGCAGCAGGUCUCCACCUCGUCGGCCGACUACGCUCAGCAAUCUGCCUAUCCUAACGCACAUACUUAUGCUAUGCAGCAAGCACCCUCCCCCAGCAAUCCUCACGACCAAAGCCAGUAUCCGUACAAUGCGCAGCAACAACAGGGCUAUCCUCAAUCAACAGGCCCCACGCAUGUUGAAGAAGGUUACAGUCAAGGCACUGGAGUUGCUUCUGGUCCUCAGCAACAGCAGACACCGCUGAGCUAUCAACAGGCGCCACACGAGCAGCAGUACACCCCUACUCCUCACGAUGAUGAGAAGCGCAGGCUUUUCGAGCGCGCGAGGGCCGAGAGCGAAGCAUUCCAACAACAGCACUUCCAGCCCCAGGGUCACGGAUCUGGUAGCGGCUACAGCGGAGGCUAUCCUUCGCAGGUUGACCCUUCCGCGCUCAAUCAUCAGAUGGGAAAUAUGAGCAUUGGUGGUUCCAGCAGCUACGCUUCCCAUCCUGUCGGCCACUAG